AAAAUAAAGACUGUUUACAAAAAAAAUAUUAAUAAUAUAAAACAAUUAAUCCACAUUCCCGUAAAAAAUUAUUUAUAACCCUUUACGCCGUACAAAAGACAACAUGGAUAUUAAACCCAUAGUUUUAACUUCAAACUCUCAAGCAACAGCGAACAGUAAUACUCACACUUCCACGCAACCAAAUACAACAGUUUCCUCGAACGUCUCUUCCUCAAACACCACUUCCAUUGCAUCGACAGCUUCCUCCUAUACAAAUAGUGCACCCACAACGGCUGCAGCCACCUCGCAUCUACCGCUCGACUAUAGUCUGGGUAAUUUCAAACCUGCCAUCGCAUCAGAUUUCCCUGGACCCUUUGUUAGUAGUGCAUCAGCGGCGGCGGCGGUAACACAACCUUCAUCGUUACAAAUUCGUGAUAUUAGCGUUUUAACUACAAUGGCGGCGACAAUACCUUCACCAACACAGCUACUACAGCAUCGAGUACACCAUCAGAUGCAUCAUCAACAGCAGCCGCACCAGGCGCAACAAAGUCCAACAUUAGCGGCGGAAGCUCACAGCCAUCAAACAAGUGCCCACGCACAGCAACAAACCGCACAGGAUUAUCAACCUGUGUCCGCAUUUAAAGCGGUGCUGCCAAAAAAGAAAACUACCGACGAUGAACUUGCUUUCAGCAUCAACCGUUUAGUAAAGACUGAACAAUUACAGGUGCACAGUGCGGCAAUGGCAGCAGCGGCUGCUGCAGCGGCCGCCGUAGCAGCCAACUCAAACAAACUGAUCAAAGAAGAAACCAACAACAACAGCCUUACAAUGUUGAGCAAAAAUCACAUAUUGCAAUGGAAACUCGAUAAUGCCAACAGCAAUGGAAUGCCUCUGCAUUACCCCCUGGCUAAUAUGGAAGCUGAACGCCUCUAUGACCGGGCCUCACGCUCCAGGUCGCGUAGCCUUUCACGUUCCUCGUCAUCACAAAUUGAUUUGGAUGAUGAUAGCAAUUGUAGGCGCUCAUUACACUCCAGGUCGCGGUCAAGAUCCAGUUCUGUGGAAUUAGAAGUUGAUUCUCCACCACCGUCACCAGUGCCGCCACGACAUCCAGCCUCGAGACCUUCAAGUGCCCAAAAUACCAAUGAAAAAAUAAGCAGUAGUCACACUAGUCCCAAAAAGUCAGAAAUGUUUUCGGUAUCCGCCUUGUUACGCAAAGAUGAUAAUCACCAGAAAUCCUCACCGCUACAUCCCCAUCCGACUGGCUGUGAUCCGUUUGAGGCUUUCCGACAAGCUUAUCCCGCCAACUAUGAACAAACCAUGUUUCAAAGACCCUUUCUAUCGCCUGCGUUUCCAUUUUUUGCAGCCUUUGCCUUUCACCAAGGGCAGCAACAGCAAUCUGGUUUAAGUUCGAGUUAUCACCCCGCCUCCCAAGAAGACCUGUUUAGGUUGCGUAAUUUAAUGGUGCCUCUACAGACAGCACAAAAUGGUGCAAACCACGCAGCAGCGGCGGCGGCGGCUGGUGUUGGCGUUCCUGGGGCCAAUGGUCUGCCACCAAAUUCGCAUUUGGGCCUGGCCGCCCACCCCUCGCAUUUGCAUCACUUCCACCAUAUGGCUGCAAAAUGGCCUGGUUUACCGCAAUUCAGUGACCUGUACUCAUGCAUGAAAUGUGAAAAAAUGUUCUCCACACCCCAUGGUCUUGAAGUACACUCUCGAAGGACCCAUCACGGAAAGAAGCCCUAUGCUUGUGAGCUGUGCAAUAAGACCUUUGGCCAUGAAGUUAGUUUAAGUCAACACAGGGCUGUUCACAAUGUUGAAAAAGUCUUUGAAUGCAAACAAUGUGGCAAACGUUUUAAACGAUCCAGCACCCUGUCCACUCAUCUGCUCAUACACAGCGAUACCCGACCAUUCCCGUGCAGUUAUUGCGGCAAACGUUUCCAUCAGAAGAGUGAUAUGAAGAAACAUACAUACAUUCAUACAGGUGAAAAACCCCACAAGUGCCAAGUGUGCGGCAAGGCAUUCAGUCAGAGUUCCAACCUCAUCACCCAUUCACGCAAACACACCGGCUAUAAACCAUUCUCGUGUAAACUCUGCCACAAAUCAUUUCAACGUAAAGUAGAUUUGCGACGUCACAAAGAAACACAACACACAAAUUUAGGUCCACUGCUAGAGCGUAACAUGGGCAAGGUGGAUUUUUUGGCAGCAGCCUCAGCAGCAGCGGCGGCAGCAGCCGCUCAAAAUGGGCAAAAUGAAAAUGGUUUAUUACCGAAUGGCAGCAGUAGUGGGUCGAGUCAUGUUGGCAGUUUGUCAUCACCCCAAUCGGCGGUGGGGCAAACGCAACAUCAUGGUCCAACGGCGAAUGCAGCCCUAAAUGCCCAGCUAACCGCUAUGAAUUGCCAAAAGGUAUCAUUGUUGGUAUAACAUCAACAACAACAACAUCAACAGCAUCACGAACAACAAAGUCAACAUUGUCAACUGAUGUCGCAAAUGCAACAAACCUCACAUUCACAGCAGAAUCACAAGUCCCACCCCUCUCAGUCGUAUCACGGAACCCACAUGGCCCAUGCCAUUCAUACCAAUCAUGCCCAGACGCAUGUGCAUCAUACUCAAUUAUCAGUAAGCAGGCCAGAACAACGAACAUGUGCAAUAUUAAAUACCACAGUUGUAGAAAAAUCACAAAAUUUUAAUUUAUUUAUUGCCUAAAAUUAAGAAAAUAAAAACCAAAAGAUUUGCUGAAUUAUUUUUUUUUAUUUAUUUGUUAUUCACAAAUAAACAUUGUUAAACAUAUUUCCAAUACAUAAAUUAUGUUAUAUUUAUUUUGUGUGAAAUGAAAAUACUGAAAAUAGAAAGCUCCCUUGUUGCCAAAAAUUGAUUUUUUAUUAAAUGCAGAAAACUGAAAUUGAAAAAUACUAAAUGUUUAAUUUCCAUGUAAAUUUAAAACCAAAUUCAGAAUAUGUAUAAAAUAGCAUAAAUGUACAUUAUAUGAAAAUCCACUAUUAAAUUAUUUUAACAUAAAUGUAAACUAAAUAAAAAAUUCCAAUACUUUAUAAGGACGAUUACGUAAAUGUUGUACAUUUUUGAGAUUAAAAUUUUAAUGUAAUUAAAAACAAAUAAUCAAAAAUUCAUUACUACUACUAGAGCUGUAUAAAAUAUUCGAUUAUAUCAUACGUGUGUAAGUAAAAGCUUUUAAAUCUUAAAUGAACAAAAUCUUUAGAAUUUAAUUUUAGCUAGUUAUGAGCAAAUGAAUUCAAUUUUACUUAUUUAGUUUAUAUUGUUUAUUUUAUUUUUUUGUUACUUUUGAUAUUAUUAUUAGUGUGCAGGAGUAAUGAAAUAACAUUUACCAACAAUCAUUCCAAAGAAGUUUUCUAGAUGUAAUAAAUUAAUUUUCUCCAAUUUUUAUUACUGUAGGAUGUAAGUAAAAUAAUAUUGUAAUAUUUAAUUUUUUGAAUGUUACUAUAAUUUGAAACUAAGAAAAUACAAAUUUUUAUGUUGAAAAUGAUGUCAGCGAACAAAUGAAAAUAAAUUCAAUUUAUUGAU